AUGAGUCGGGCCAGACGCCAAUUGCUGGGUUGCUUCCUGGCGGCCCUUGUGCUACUUCUGCUAUACAGGCGCACUCGAUCUGGGUCAGAUGUCAACCUCCCUUCACCGAUCGUAACUCCAGAGUCCCCUGAGAAUCCUGAUAUUCCUGAGAAUCCCGACAAUCACCCGCAAGAUGAAACAAACGCCCAAUUUGCAUGGCGAAAUCUGCCAUUGCGCUUUCCUCCUGCUGUCAUGGAGGUGUUACCAAGACGGUCCCGAGACCUUCCCAAACUCCAAUCUGGGUCUCUACGCGUUUCUCACAUGAAACUGUGGUACCAACAGGAUAGAAAGUCAGCAGUACGUGAAGUAUUUGAGCGGUGCUGGGAUUCUUACAAGAAAUUGGCAUGGGAGACGGACGAACUCGCGCCCGUGAGUGGACUACCACGAAAUGGACUUGGGGGCUGGGGCACAACAUUGGUGGAUAAUCUAGAUACGCUAUGGAUUAUGGGAAUGCGCGAUGAGUUCAACAGGGCUGUAGAGGCCGUAACUCAAAUCCGAUAUCAAGAUACCUUGUCGCCGGAUGUCAACACCGCCGAGAUCAACACUCGCCAUCUUGGAGGUCUUUUGGCAGCGUACGAUCUGAGCGGCGAUCGACGACUCCUGGAUAAGGCCAUCGAUGUUGGUGACAUGCUCUUUGCUGCCUUCGAUACACCGAAUCGCAUGCCCAUCACACACUGGGAUUUGCACAGAGCUGCGCGCCAAGAGGAACAACUGGCGGAAGAAGUGGCAUCUGCGUCUGAGCUCGGCUCCUUCAUUUUGGAAUUCACGAGAUUGUCUCAAAUAACUGGUGACCACAAGUAUUUCAAUGCGGCGCAGCAGGUCAUGUUUAGACUGGAACGACUGCAGGAUUUGUCAAAACUGUUCGGAAUGUGGCCCGUGGCUCUCAACGCUCGAGCAGAAUUGACAGACGGUGACCUCUUUACCAUGGGACCUGAAACCGACUCUCUUUACAAGACUCUGCCAAAGGCAUAUGCUAUGCUAGGGGGCCAUUAUUCCAUGUACCGGACCAUGUAUGAGAAAGCCACUCGCACUGCGGCAAGUCACAGUCUCUUCCGGCCGAUGAAUGUAGAGGGAAAAGAUAUCCUCGUCCCUGGAUCUGUGCGAGUUACCAUGACCCAGAACGGCAAGCCACGCACGCACCUGGAAUCCCAGGUUCACCACCGCGCCUGCUUUGCGGGCGGCAUGUUCGCGAUGGGCGGUGCGCUCUUCAACAUCCCCAUCCACCGAAAGAUCGCAAACAAGCUUGUCGACGGCUGCAUCUGGGCAUCCCAGGCCAUGCCGAUGGAGAUCAUGCCGGAAGUAUACGAAGUUGUCCCGUGCGCAUCGCAAACCAGUUGUCCAUGGAAUGAGUGGCACUGGAAGCAGGAAGUGUGGAAGAAAGCAAACAGUAUAGACCCGAAUCCGUCUCUGGAUGUCGAUGUUUUCAUCAGGGAUCACCGGAUCCCUAGGGGCUUCAUCGCUAUCCCUGACACUCGGUAUAACCUGCGACCGGAAAUCAUCGAAAGCAUUUUCAUCUUGUACCGUGUGACUGGACGCGAAGAUCUUCUUGACACGGCAUGGGAGAUGUUUGAGAAUAUUCAGAAUGCCACUCAGGUUGACAAUGGUAAUGCGGGUAUCAUUGAUGUCACGAACGACCAAGGCGAAACAGAUCACAGUGAUUCGAUGGAGAGUUAUUGGAUGGCGCAGACUCUGAAAUACUUUUAUCUUAUGUUCAGUGCUCCCGACGUUUUGAGUCUGGAUCACUAUGUCUUCAACUCUGCUGGACACCCGCUCAAGCUUCCGCAGCUCGCGGAGAUGGAAAAGGCGUUUGAGUUCAGUUAA